AGGAAAACAAAAUACUUUUGAUUCUUUUUUUUUCUGCGUCAACUUCUUUUUUUUUGAAAAGCAAUGACGACUCUCAAGUCAGAGCACGCCGUGAAGAUGGCGAAAGAAUUCGUCGGUUUCAUGAAUCAGGCGAUAACUCCAUUCCAUGCAGUACAAACGGUUGCUGAGAUGCUGCAGAAGGCAGGCUUUUCUCGACUUGACGAAGGUAAAGUAUGGCCCGAAAUGGCACCUGGCGGCAAGUACUAUCUCACUCGCAACGGCUCGAGUAUCGUGGCAUUUUCAGUUGGCGGCAAAUUUGAUCCUGCGAACGGCGUCAAAAUUGUUGGUGCGCACACUGACUCGCCAAAUUUUCUUUUGAAGCCCCAUACCAAAUCUCCCUCUACUAAGUAUCAACGCGUGGCUGUUCAGUGCUACGGAGGUGGUUUGUGGCACUCAUGGUUCGAUCGCGAUCUUACGGUGGCCGGCCGUGUUGUAAUUUCGCGCGAUCAUCUGGAGGAAAAAAUUAUUAAAAUUGACAAACCGAUUAUGCGAAUUCCCAACAUUGCGAUUCACUUGACGUCCGUUAAGGAACGGGAAGGAUUUGCCCCCAACAAGGAGACGCAUCUGAUUCCAGUCAUUUGCACAGAAAUUGCUCAGAAACUUGCGGAACCUGACUGUAAGGAAUCCGCGGACUCAACGCAUUGUACCGCCUUGAUGAGCGCAAUUGCUGUCGAGGCAGGCUGCAAACCGGAAGAAAUUUUGGAUUUUGACCUCAGCGUCAUUGACACACAACCGGCCGCAAUUGGAGGUAUUUACGACGAAUUUAUUUUCUCAUCGCGCUUGGAUAAUUUGAUCUCGUGCUACUGCGCUAUCAAAGCCAUCAUCGACGCUGAGGCGUUGGAAAAUGACACCAUGGUGCGUAUGGCCUGCUUAUUCGACCACGAGGAGUGCGGUUCGGGCUCUCCGCAAGGCGCAGCCGGCUCUUUGGUCCCUGAUAUUAUCGAGCAUCUCAUCAGCAACAGAACUCUGCGCGCAACUUUGGUAGCGAACUCGUUUCUCCUUUCCGUUGAUGGGGCACACGGAUGCCAUCCGAAUUACACUGACAAACAUGAAAAUGCCCACCGUCCGGCACUCCAUGAAGGACCUGUCAUUAAGUACAACGCCAAUGUUCGCUAUGCAACAAACGGUCUGACAGCAGCUGUUGUUAAGCACUUGGCGAAGAAAGUCAAUGUGCCUGUCCAGGAGUUUGUCGUUCGCAACGACUCGCCGUGCGGAUCGACAAUCGGUCCAAUUCUCUCCACGCUUUCCGGUAUCAAGACUGCUGACAUUGGCAACCCAAUGAUAAGCAUGCACAGUGUUCGUGAAAUGUGCGGCACACUUGACAUUUAUUACAUGACAAAGCUAAUUGAGUCCUUCUUUGUGAACUACGAAAACUCGUGA